CCUUCCUUUUUCUCUCAGCCGGAGCCGCCGCUCUUUGCCUCUAAUUUCUCUGCUUCACCGUCGAUUUUCGCCUGCCUCCUCUUUUUCACUCACCAUCUCCGCCGAUCACCGGCCGCCGCCCCUUUGUCGCACCGGCAAGGAGAAUCCAGGUCGAUUUCUUUUGCAGAUUUAAACUAUGACAAAGUCCUGUGUUGUUUCACAAGUGAACCAACGAAGCCACAACUUUGUUAACUUGCAUGAAUUCUUGAAAACAAAGAGAGGCAUUGUGAAGUGCGCAAAGAAAUCGUUGCGAACCAACAAUUGGAAUGAUAACGUCAAGCAUAAUUCAGAAAAAUUUGGUAAAGAUUUUGCUAUCGAAGAAUAUCAUGGUUCAAUUUGGACCGGUGAUCAUCUCUUUCGCAAAACAGGAUCUAGCCUUAUUUUCUUGGCCAGAAACAGAGCACCCACCAACCCGAAUUCAAAUCUUCCUACAGAGUUCAUGGUCAAAUCUUGUUUAAUGGAAUCAUCUUCUUCACUCCAACAUGAGAAGGAAGUGCUGAACAAUCUAGGAUCAUUUACUAAUCUAGUGCGUUGUUAUGGAGAUGAAAUAACAAUAACCAAAUCAGGUGAAAAGGUUUAUAAUGUCUUAUUCGAGUAUUGUUAUGGCUCUAGCUUGCGUGAUCACAUUCUCAAAUUUGGGCCUAAUGGGUUGCCGGAACAUGAAGUUCGUCGGUAUACAAGAGAUAUUGUAUAUGGAGUUUGUUACAUGCAUUGUAAUGGUCGGUAUAUUCACGGUGACAUAAAAUCAAGAAAUAUUUUAAUGUCACCCACUGGAGCCAAGUUAGCAAGUUUUGGAUGGGCUAGGAAGCUCACUGCUGAGGUAUUAUGUGAGGAAGAAAUUAGGGGUUCGGGACCGUACAUAUCUCCGGAGUUGGCUAGUGAUGGUUAUUUAGGUUGGCCUGCUGAUAUUUGGGCACUUGGAUGCGUGGUAUUGGAGAUGUUGACAGGAAAGUCUCCUCGUAAUAACGAAGAAGCGAUACAAAUUAUAAAUGAUAUAUCGAAGGAAGGAAGAGAUUUUAUUAAGAAGUGUUUGAUAACAAGUCCAUAUAAAAGAAGACCAAGUUGGUUGUUGAUCAAGCAUCCUUUUGUUUGUGUUUGAAUUAUUUGUUGAGUGAAUGAAUGAA